UACUGUCACUCUGAAAGUAUUUUCCUACUAUAAAAUAAUUGUCGACGAAUUGUUUAUUGUACCAAUAAUAUAUAUUCAUUUACUUUAUAGAUGUUGGAUAUAUAUUGCAUUUUAUAAGAUAACGAGAUAACAUUUGUAGUGAACAAUGGGUGCUUUAGCCAGUAGACAAAAUGCUGGUGUGGAGGAAGCAGAUGUUGUUUCCAAUCUUGCCUAUAAAUAUCCACCCAGAUCUGGUAACUAUUUUGGGAGUCAUUUUAUAAUGGGUGGAGAGAGGUUCGACACCCCACAACCAGAAGCAUAUUUGUUUGGUGAAAAUGCUGAUCUUAACUUUCUUGGUAGCAGACCCACACCAUUUCCAUAUCCACCACCACAAUCCAAUGAACCAACUAAAACUCUUAAAAGCCUCAUUAAUAUUAGAAAGGAAUCUUUGAGAUUUGUUCGCUGUCCAGAACCGAUUGGUAAAAUAAGUGAUACUAAUAAGAUAGGAGACGGAGUGACAAAGACUGUUGAAUGCAAUGGCAAGGGGACCUACUAUAAUAUUGAAUUUACAUUUGAUUGUGAUGUCCGAUGUGCUAUUACAGUAUUUUACUUCUGCACAGAGGAAGUUACCCCAACUGGAGUUGUUUACUAUCCCCGAGAUCCAUCUAUGACAUCUCAGACUUAUCAUUAUAAGAAAGGUGCCAACCAGCAGUUUUGUCAGAUAUCCCAUGUUUUUGAUCCUUCAAAACAGCCGGAGGAAGAUUUAUCCUACAAUGCUGACAGAGAAAUAAUUCCUAUUGCCAUAUAUUGUGUAGUGGAUGAAGGACAGGAUGAAAUACGACAAUCACACACAACUAUAGCGGUAGUGGAGAAACAUUCAGACGGCACCUAUGUCUUGAAAGCUCUUAAACAGAAGCUUUUUGUCGAUGGUCUCUGUUACUUGUUGCAAGAAAUCUAUGGCAUAGAAAACAAGAAUCUCGAUUCUAAGAUAACCGCGGAGGAGGAGACGGAGGACGGCGGCUCGGAGUGCGUGAUCUGCAUGUGCGACGUGCGCGACACGCUAAUCCUGCCGUGCCGCCACCUGUGCCUGUGCAACUCGUGCGCGGACUCGCUGCGCUACCAGGCCAACAACUGCCCCAUCUGUCGCGCGCCCUUCCGCGCGCUGCUGCAGAUCCGCGCGCUGCAGCGCCUCGCCAACCCCGCCGCGCCCGCCCCGCACCCGCACACCCCGCCAGACGGCAGCAUGGAGAACAUCCCGGCGGGCUACGAGCCGGUGUCGCUGCUGGAGGCGCUGAAUGGCCCCCCUCCCGCGCGCACUCGCGCCGCGCCCCCCGCGCCCGCCAUCGCCAGCCCCGACACCGACACCGCCUCGCAGGCUGCGGAGGCGCUGAACCGCUGCAACUUGGAGCGCAGCUCGUCCACCAGUCUCGGCAGCGGCGGCAGUCGGAAGCCUCACCACCCGCUCACACCCGAGUUCCGCAUGUCGGUGCUGCUGGCGCGCGAGGACGGCGCCCGCGAGCCGCGCGCCGCCACGCCGCUGCUGCACCGCCUGUCCAAGAGCUCGCUCAACUCGACGGCUCGCUCGGAGGAGGAGGCUGCGGGCGCGGCGGAGACGGAGCCCGACAGCGACGCGGAACGGCGCUCGCCGCUGCUCACUCAGCUCGCCAACGGGGCGGUGAGGACGGGCAGCAGCUGCGGCUCGGAGACGCUUCACGGGUCUCCGCUGGCGCACAUCGACGACACCGACACCGACGAGCCCGACCAGCCGGAUCAGACCGAUCUACCCGACACAGCAGACCAACUCGACCAACCGCUCUCGGACGGCGCGGGCGCGGCGGGCGACGACUCGGACUACUUCACGCCGGAGGAGCCCAGCCUCGCGCCAACCGAAAUAAUCGCGACCGCGCCGGGGGAGUGCACCCCGCAGCGUUGGGCGCUUCCGCACCGUGUCACCUCUCUGCCAGGCACGCCGCUGUCUCAGGCCAGCGUGCGCUCGUCGGGCGAGUCGUACAGCUCGGGCUCCAGCACGCGCGGGCUGCUGGCGGGCGCUCCGCUGGCGGCCGAGCCGGCGUGCUAGCGCUGCGCCCCGCGCCCGCUGUCCGUGCUGCUGUCGCACUCCGCUACGCACUUCUAGGCGCAUCAUAUCAAAUCAAUCAAAGACUUUUCAACGUGUAUUUUGAAUACGGGACUUCCCCGUAUAUCUCGACGUUUUAAGUA